AUGUUUGGCUUUCGCGCUGUCUCCGUGGCCGCGCUGCUAUGUGGUGCUGCCGGAACCACGCCUCGGCCUCCCUUUGUAGAGUACGUCAAGGUAGCAAGGUGGCUGGUGCACAACAGUGACUACGCAGUCUCGUCCACGAGCUGCGCUAGUGAGCGCCUCGGCUGUGCCUUUAAGGGGCAGCCCUUCGGUGAUAUCAUGUCCAUCGCCGAUGGCACUGACACGGUCUCCACUGGCAUCGUCUACACCUACCUCCCGCCGGAGGAUGCGGCAACCCAGGACAUACUUGCAGACCCCCGCAUGACCUUGACUUUCUCCGAGAAGGCCAUUGGCUGCAAGAGCACUGCCGAAGACCCGCCCUGCGCACGCUUGACCAUUGCCGGCAAGCUCACCGAGGUCCCGGCAGGAGCCCAAGCAGACCUUGCCUUGAGCUAUCUCUUUGCCAAGCACCCAGAGAUGAAGGGAUGGGGCAAGGCACAUUCCUUCAAGCCAUAUUGGAUGGCUAAAGAGAACAUCUCCAGCUUCUUCUUCAUCGACUUUUAUGGAGGCGCAAAGAAUUUCACUGUGGAGGAGUAUUUGGCAUCUCCGCAGGAGCAGCUCGUGCUGUGA